GCACUGAUUUGCUCUCGGGAGUGCGCUAUUUGCAUAUGACUUGCCCAUUUGUGAACGUGGCUCCCCAACUCCUCGCUUCACUUCACCUGUACCUCCCAGUUCCGCGCACUUUGCAGGCGCCCGCCCCCCUCUUGGCCACCUCUGCCGCCUGCCGGGCACCUCCUCUCGCGCCUUCCCUGCUCGCCCACCCACCUCUCCGCGCCCCGUGCCACGUUGGUUUGGGUGGCUGCUCCGCGCCGGCUUCCUUCUCCUCUUCUUCUCUCUCUCCGGUCCUUCUUGUUCUCUUCCUCCGGCUGCUGCUGCUGCUUUUCAUCCAGUUGGGAAACCCAGGACGCAGGCGGCUGCUCCGUGGAGCUCUUGCAGAAAGCUCAGGGCUAACAGCGCCCGUACACCGACACUGCGAGGAACCCGCGAGGAACUCUCCCACCUGCAGCCCCCCUUUGCCGGGCAGUUCUGCAUUGCAGCGCAUGGGAGUGGAAAACGAAAAAAAAAAAAAAAUGCUCAAACUGCUUGGAUGUUGGGAUAAACUAACCUGAACCUACUUGGGUCUCCUGCUGCCUCCUCCUCUUCCUUCGUUUCCACCUUUCCUCUGUGUGGCUUCCCGGAGUGUGCCGUUAAGUCAUCCGGCCUGAGGUGCCCAGAGAUCAGGAGCUGCGCCUGGCCUCCCCUGACAUGUGUGGCAUCCCGGGGCUCCCUAGGAGGGCUGCUAUACCUGGUGGACUUUGACAUCCUAAAUUUCAGCUCCAGGAAAGGGGAGCUUUUGCCUUAUAUCCUUUCAUUUUUUAAGUAGUAGCUGUUUUUUUGUUUGUUUGUUUUUUUGUUUUUUCAUCAUCUGUCUUGAAAACGCUUAUGCCUUCCCUCUUUCCAAAAUUUGGGCAAGUCUUUCUCCUGCUAUGAUGGGCCCCUGGGCAUCAUGAACUUCAUUAUUGCUCACUGGCUGGAAUUCAAACUGCCCAUCUGUGGUGGUCCUGUGUGUUGAUCAUGCACCUGAGAAUCCACGCGAGACGGAGCCCUCCUCGCCGGCCGGCCUGGACGCUUGGGAUCUGGUCCCUCUUCUGGGGAUGUAUCAUCAGCUCUGUGUGGAGUUCCUCUAAUGUAGCCUCCUCCUCCUCCUCCUCCUCCUCCUCCUCUUCCUCGCCGGGGUCUCACUCUCAGCACGAGCACCAUUUCCAUGGCAGCAAGCAUCACUCAGUGCCUAUUUCUAUCUAUCGCUCCCCUGUUUCCCUUCGAGGAGGGCACGCUGGCGCCACGUACAUCUUUGGGAAAAGUGGAGGCCUCAUCCUGUACACCUGGCCGGCCAAUGACAGGCCCAGCACGCGCUCUGACCGCCUGGCCGUGGGCUUCAGCACCACCGUGAAGGACGGCAUCUUGGUGCGCAUAGACAGCGCCCCAGGCCUCGGGGACUUCCUCCAGCUUCACAUAGAACAGGGGAAAAUUGGAGUUGUCUUCAAUAUUGGCACAGUUGACAUUUCCAUCAAAGAGGAGAGGACCCCGGUAAAUGAUGGCAAAUACCACGUGGUGCGCUUUACCAGGAACGGCGGCAAUGCCACGCUUCAGGUGGACAACUGGCCAGUGAAUGAGCAUUAUCCCACAGGCAACACUGAUAAUGAACGCUUCCAAAUGGUAAAACAGAAAAUCCCCUUCAAAUAUAACCGGCCCGUAGAGGAGUGGCUGCAGGAAAAAGGCCGGCAGUUAACCAUCUUCAACACCCAGGCGCAAAUAGCUAUCGGUGGAAAGGACAAAGGACGCCUCUUCCAAGGCCAGCUUUCUGGGCUCUAUUAUGAUGGUUUAAAAGUACUGAACAUGGCGGCUGAGAACAACCCCAAUAUUAAAAUCAAUGGAAGCGUCCGACUGGUGGGAGAAGUCCCAUCAAUCUUGGGAACGACACAGACAACCUCCAUGCCACCAGAAAUGUCUACCACUGUCAUGGAAACCACCACUACAAUGGCUACUACCACAACCCGCAAGAAUCGCUCUACAGCCAGCAUUCAGCCAACAUCAGAUGACCUUGUUUCAUCUGCUGAAUGUUCAAGUGAUGACGAAGACUUCGUUGAAUGUGAGCCGAGUACAGGUAGGUUAGGAGGUGAAUUAGUUAUCCCUCUUCUUGUAGAAGACCCUUUAGCUACCCCUCCUAUUGCUACUCGUGCACCUUCCAUUACACUCCCCCCUACCUUUCGCCCCCUCCUCACCAUUAUUGAGACCACCAAAGAUUCCCUGUCCAUGACCUCUGAGGCGGGGUUACCUUGCUUGUCGGACCAAGGCAGCGAUGGUUGUGAUGAUGAUGGCUUGGUGAUAUCUGGGUAUGGCUCAGGGGAAACCUUUGACUCUAACCUGCCCCCUACUGAUGAUGAAGAUUUUUACACCACCUUCUCCUUGGUAACAGAUAAGAGUCUUUCCACUUCAAUCUUCGAAGGUGGCUACAAAGCACAUGCGCCCAAGUGGGAAUCCAAGGACUUUAGACCUAACAAAGUCUCCGAAACUAGUAGGACUACUACCACAUCUUUGUCCCCUGAGCUGAUCCGCUUCACAGCUUCCUCCUCGUCUGGGAUGGUGCCCAAAUUGCCAGCUGGCAAAAUGAAUAACCGUGAUCUCAAACCCCAGCCUGAUAUAGUCUUGCUUCCGUUGCCCACUGCCUAUGAGCUAGACAGCACCAAACUGAAGAGCCCACUAAUUACUUCCCCCAUGUUCCGUAAUGUGCCCACAGCAAACCCCACGGAGCCGGGAGUCAGACGGGUUCCGGGGGCCUCAGAGGUGAUCCGGGAGUCGAGCAGUACAACAGGGAUGGUCGUCGGCAUUGUGGCUGCUGCCGCCCUCUGCAUCUUGAUCCUCCUGUACGCCAUGUACAAGUACAGGAACAGGGACGAGGGGUCCUAUCAAGUGGACGAGACGCGGAACUACAUCAGCAACUCGGCGCAGAGCAAUGGCACGCUCCUCAAGGAGAAGCAGCAGAGCUCGAAGAGCGGCCACAAGAAACAGAAAAACAAGGACAAAGAGUAUUAUGUGUAAACACGACACCGCUAACGAUACGCGAAUUUAAAACACAGGAUUAUUUCUAUAUAAAUAAAUAAAUACUUGGAAAAUGAGAUUUCACAGAUGUCAGAACUGUUCUAUGAGAUGGGGUAUAACCAUGACUAUGGUGGGGAAAAUCAUUUUUAAAAGAACACACACAAAGAUGUACCUACCUAUAAGAUUCAGCCAUGGCUGCUUUGAUUCAGUCACUGCUCGGAGACAGUUCAUUCUGCCCUGCUGUGUCAUAAAGCACGCACUUUUCCCUCUGGAGCAAGCAGAUGGCUCCCCCCACUUUCGCGGACUUGGAAGCUUCCUUCUCUUUAGGACCUUUCAUCCAAGGUAGAAGACUUCAUGGCUUACUUGUUCCAUAACUCCAAGUGAGUCUGUAAUAAUGUUUGUGAAGCUUGACUGUAAUAAUGUUUUUUUUCUUUUGGUUUAAUUAUGUAAAAAAUGAAAACAAAAAAAAAAGAAAAGAAAAAGUUAAAAACAAAAACAGAAACAAAAAAAACCCCACCCUUAAUCUGGUUCUGGCCAGUGUGUGCGUAACUUUUCAAGAUCUGAGGGGAAAAAAUGGCUUUUGGGUAUUUGUUUAUUUUUUGAGAAUAACUGGACAUAAGUUAAGAAGAAAAAACAAAAACUCAGAAAACAGAAGAGAGACUAUUGCCAUAUGAACUCAAAAGCUACCAUGGUGUCCACUCUACAUAUCAGGUUGUGGCGUUUCUAGAAUCUGUUGUCUAUUUCCUAUGCGAUGCUUUGCUGAACACAUAGCAAAAUCAUGGGAUGGAUGAUAAUAUUGAUUUGAAAAGCUGGUUCCUCAGGAUCGAAUUCCAGAAUUUGCCACCCAAACCCUGAACAGAUGGGGUUAGGGCUGGUUUUAUCAGAGCUAUUGGCUUUACUUAACAAUAUUGUUCCUGUCCAUGAGCCCAGCCAAAUUGUGGUAAAGGAGAAAGCCCCAUAAACUAAAACAGAGCCUUUCCUAGGGAAGGGGAAUGGGGGUGGGCUGGAUCUGUGACUGAUCGAAAUGCAUGCAAAUAUAAAAGAAAAGACAAUACAAGAAGUCUGUUAAAGAAUCAAAACAGACAAUAAGGGAGUUCAACUUGUGAUGGAACCACAAAA